GUUAAUGAUCAAUUGCACUGAAGAAAAGGGCUUGUGACUAAUUAAAAUAAUUGUAAUAUCAAUACAGUGAUGAUAAAUAUCUUUAACGAGCGAUAAUUUUCUUUCUUUGUGCUGAAUGGCAAAAGAUAAGAAAGAAUAACAGUCGAAAAAAAGACUUGUAUAUUUGCAAAGAUUAAACGGUGCACAGUGUCUUGUAUCUCUUUGUUGAAAUACUUUCCGGCUCUUCCUCAUGUUGUACAUGAAAUCCAGCGAAGACGAAAUGAGAACUUUAAAAUUUUCAUUUACGUUACUGUGCUUUUUUUUAAGUUAUUCUGUGGCUCAGGAAUCUCACAAAUUUGAGCCCAAUUGGAAAAGUUUGGACAGUCGAACCAUCCCAUCGUGGUUCGAUGAGUACAAAUUUGGAAUUUUUAUUCAUUGGGGUGUGUACAGUGUUCCAAGCUUUGGCUCUGAGUGGUUUUGGACAAAUUGGAAAUCUGGGAGUAAAUCAAUCGAUGAUUUCAUGAAAAAAAAUUACAAACCAGGUUUUACCUAUCAGGAAUUUGCCAAAGACUUUACAGCUGAAUUUUUCAAUGCCACUCAAUGGAGUGAACUAUUUGAGGCGUCAGGCGCGAGGUAUGUUGUCCUCACGAGCAAGCACCACGAAGGUUACACACUGUGGCCUUCUAAAUAUUCAUACAGCUGGAAUUCCGUAGACGUAGGACCUCACAGAGAUUUGAUAGGAGAGUUAUCAUCAGCCAUUAGGAGGAACACAAACUUAAAAUUUGGAGUCUAUCAUUCUUUGUAUGAAUGGUUCAAUCCCAUGUACUUACAUGAUAAAAUGAAUAAUUUUAAUACAGAUCUUUUUGUUACUCAUAAAGUUAUACCAGAAAUGAAAGAAUUAAUCACAGCAUAUAAACCAGAAGUGUUAUGGAGUGACGGCGACUGGGAAGCCCCAGAAAAAUAUUGGAAGUCCACCGAAUUUUUAGCUUGGCUCUAUAAUGAAAGCCCUGUCAAAAGUACCGUCGUCACUAACGAUCGGUGGGGCAUCAAUGUGUCCUGCCAUCAUGGAGACUUUUACAACUGCCAAGAUCGAUAUAAUCCAGGUGUCUUACAAAAACACAAGUGGGAAAAUGCAAUGACUAUUGAUAAAAAGUCUUGGGGUUUCCGCAGAAAUGCUCCAUUAGAAGAUUACUUUACUUUAGAGGAAAUUAUAAAAGAGCUUGUUAUCACAGUAAGCACAGGCGGAAAUUUAUUAAUGAACGUCGGACCAACCAAAGACGGAAUAAUAUCACCCAUUUUUCAAGAAAGAUUGCGCGGAAUAGGUCGUUGGUUAAAAGUUAAUGGAGAAGCAAUUUACGGAACUAAACCAUGGCUGAUACAAAAUGAUACUAUAACAAAGGAUGUUUGGUAUACUCAAGGCCGAAACGAUGAUGUUUACGCUGCAUUACUUUCUUGGCCUAAAAACAAUAUACUAUAUUUGAGUGAGCUAGUCAAGACUACUGAUGAUACAAAAAUAACAGUCCUUGGAAGUGAAGAAAAAAAGUUAAAAUGGAAGAAAGCACCAAAUACUGAAAUUUCUUUACCACUUGCACUUCAAAGAGGAGAGCCAGCAUGGGUCCUUAAAAUUACAAACUUGCAAAAGUAAAUUUAA